AUGGAUGACCUCUUCGACGUUUUUGAGGCCCAGCCUCAGUCGGACAGCGAAUCCGAAUCCGUCGACCUAGCCAUCGCCGCGCAGAGCAAGAAGCGAAAGGCCGACGCCAUCAAGAACGGCACCACCACCCAGAAGAAGCCCGACGAACGAGGCAGCCCGCCGAAAAAGAAGACAGCGAUAGCACGCCAGCGUCGGACGAGCACGACGAGAAGCGACUCAAGACGCAAGGGAGAAGCCGGUGCUGACGGACACGGCGGCGAGGGCGAGUCGUCGCUGGUGCUGUCCCACAACAUCCAGCACCAGGUCGCCCUGCCGCCCGAUCUCGACUACGAAUACGUGCCCUUGUCCGAGCACAGGCCGCCCGCGGAGCCGGCGCGGACGUUUGGCUUCAAGCUGGACCCGUUCCAGAGCCUGGCGGUGGCGUCGAUCGAGCGGGACGAGAGCGUCUUGGUGUCGGCGCACACGUCGGCCGGCAAGACGGUGGUGGCCGAGUACGCCAUCGCGCAGUGCCUGAAGCGGAACCAGCGCGUCAUCUACACGAGCCCGAUCAAGGCGCUGAGCAACCAAAAGUACCGCGACUUCGACGCCGUCUUUGGCGACGUGGGCCUGAUGACGGGCGACAUCACCAUCAACCCUACGGCGUCGUGCCUCGUCAUGACGACGGAGAUUCUGCGCUCUAUGCUGUACCGGGGCUCCGAGAUUAUGCGCGAGGUGGCCUGGGUCGUGUUCGACGAGGUGCACUACCUCCGCGAGAAGACGAGAGGCGUGGUGUGGGAGGAGACCAUUAUCCUGCUCCCGGACAAGGUCCGCUACGUUUUUCUCUCCGCCACCAUCCCCAACGCUUUCCAGUUCGCCGAGUGGAUCGCCAAGAUUCACCACCAGGCGUGCCACGUCGUGAACUUCAAGGAGCAAAACUUCAACAAGGCCAUGGCCCUCGUGGAGCAGAAGAAGAAGGACUCGGAGGAGCGGCCCGGCGCCAAGGGCAAGGGCAAGGGCAAGAAGGGCGGCCGCAACGAGGUGGCCGACUCCAAAUCUGACAUUAGCAAGAUCGCCAACCUGCUCCCGCUUUUGGAGCGCGGCAUCGGCGUGCAUCACUCGGGCCUGCUCCCCAUCCUCAAGGAGACGAUUGAGAUCCUGUUCCAGGAAUCCCUCGUCAAGGUUCUCUUUGCCACCGAGACCUUUUCCAUCGGACUCAACAUGCCUGCGAAGACGGUCGUGUUUACGCAAGUCACCAAGUGGGACGGCAUUAAGAGGCGCCCGCUCACACCCGGUGAAUACGUGCAAAUGUCGGGUCGUGCCGGUCGUCGCGGUCUCGACGCGCGAGGUAUCGUCAUCAUGAUGAUUGACGAGUCCAUGGAGCCCGAGGUCGCCAGGGAGAUUGUCGUGGGCGAGCAGGAGCGGCUCAACUCGGCCUUUACCUCGGCUACAACAUGCGUCCCUACCUUGGAGAGGCAGCUCGUCUCGCUGCAGGUGGACCGGGACGGCCUGCUGAUCCCGGACGAGUCGAGCAUGAAGGAGUACUACAACCUGCGCAAGCAGAUCAACUCGUAUACGCAAGACAUGCGCUGGGUCAUCCAGCACCCCGCCAACUGCGCCGAGUUCCUGCAGCCGGGCCGCAUCGUACGGGUAUACGAUCCCCGAUUCACCGGCGACGAGGGCGACAUCCUCGAGACGCGCGACUACGGGUGGGGCAUUAUCGUCCGUUCCACCGAUCGUCAUCGCAGCAAGAACACGGAAGACGACUAUCCCGCCCAGCAGUCGAAGCUUCUCGACAUCCUCGUCAACGUGCCGGCCGAUACCGAUACCAACUUUGCCUUUCCCAGCGGAGACCUGGCGCUGCCCAAGAACGUUUUGCCGGAACGCCCCGGCGAGAAGACGCGAUUCGAGCGGAUACCGUGUCUCCUCACGUGCAUCCAGUCUUUUAGCCAGAUCCGGCUCUUUGUUCCCAAGAACAUUGACUCGCCGAGCGAGAGGGCGAACCUCCGCAAGGCGCUCAACGAGGUUCAGAGGCGGUUCCCCGACGGCGUGCCCAUCCUCGACCCGCUGGAGAACAUGGGCAUCACGGACGACAGCUUCAAGCAGCUUCUUCGCAAGAUCGAGCUGUACCGGCAGAAGCUCAAGCUCUCGGAAAAGGUCAAGGAGACCAAGGCGGCCAUUGCCAAGGCGCACAACAUUGUGCAGAUGGACGAGCUCAAGUCGCGUAAGCGGGUGCUCCGCCGCCUGGGCUUCAUCAACGAGGCUGAGGUGGUGCAGCUCAAGGCGCGGGUGGCGUGCGAGAUCUCGUCUACCGAAGGCCACGAGCUUCUCCUCUCGGAGCUCCUGUUUGAGCGCUUCUUCAACGAGAUGACGCCCGAGAUGUGCGCGUCGGUGCUGAGCUGCUUCGUCUUUGACGAAAAGGUCAACGCGCCGGCGCUCAAGGAGGCGCUGGCCAAGCCGUACCGCGAGGUGGUGGCCAAGGCGCGCAUCGUUGCGCGUGUGAGCCAGGAGAGCAAGCUGGACGUGGACGAGGAUGCGUACGUGGAGAAACUCAAGUGGCAGCUCAUGGACCUGGUCUAUGCUUGGGCGCAGGGCAAGCCCUUUGUUGAAAUUUGUAAAAUGGCGGAUGUCUACGAAGGCUCCAUUAUCAGGCACUUCCGACGGCUCGAAGAGCUUCUGCGACAAAUGGCCCAGGCUGGAAAGGUGAUGGGUAGCGAGGAGCUCACGGCCAAGUUUGAGGAGAGUUUGAACAAGAUCCGACGUGACAUUGUCGCGGCCCAGAGCUUGUACCUGUAA